ACUAAUCCAGGCAGAGUAUAUGUGAAGCUGGAGAGGCACGGAGAACACCAAGAGCCCCAGGGCAUCUCGUACCCUGGGACUGGUUCUUCCUCUUCUUCAUGGCCCCCCGUCGAUCCCCACCAUAACCAUCACAACCACCACAAUCACCACCGCGAUUCCAACCACUACGACGACCACCACCACCAUGGCAACCACUCUAAUGGCUCGUUCCAUCCGGUGCCUUUUUCUGUACGCAAAAGGGCUUGGCAUCCUUCUAAUCAAGGACCUUCUCCAGAUAACGUUGAAAGCGCCUUCCAUGUAAAACUUUAUGUUGCACAGGUUUCCAGAACAGCGACUGAGGAAGUUAUUCGCCCGUUGUUUGAACAAUAUGGAAGUAUUACUGAGGUUGUUAUUUUGAGGGAUAAGAGGACAGGCCAACAACAAGGCAGUUGUUUCGUGAAAUAUGCAACACUAGAUGAAGCAGACAGGGCUAUCACAGCCUUGAAUAAUCAGCAUUAUUUUCCUGGGGAAGUUCUACCAAUCACAGUUAAAUAUGCCGACUGGGAAUUGGAACGCCUUGCGGGACUUGACAAGUUGUAUGUGUGUGGCCUGAACAAGGAAGCUUCAAGGAAAGAAAUUGAGGAAAUAUUUUCGCCAUAUGGUUUUGUUGAAGAUAUCUACAUUUUGCGUGAUGAGAUGAGGCAGAAUCGUGGGACUGCAUUUGUGAAGUUUUCCCAUAAAGAUAUGGCUCUGGAAGCAAUCAAAGCAUUAAAUGGAACCUUCAUUAUGAGAGGUUGUGCUCAGCCGUUAAUUGUUCGCUUUGCAGAUCCUAAGAAACCGAGGGGAAUAGAAUCAAGGGGCAAUUAUUUAUUUAGCAACACAAACAUUGUUCCCCACUCUCAAGAACCAGUUGUUAGGCCAGUAUCUGAUCAUGGUGAUUCCACUGGAGGGUAUAAUAUGCAUAAUGCAUCGUAUCCUGUUCAACAAGCUUCACACCCGCCUAUUUCCCAAUUGGCAAACCAUGAACCCCAGGCUUCUAGUGUCAUACAACCACCAUUUCCUCCAUCAAAGUCACCUUCACAGUUGUGUAGGAUGCCUUUACAACACACACAAAUUACGCAUUCUCGGACUUCUCAAGUAGAAGUUAAUGAGACCCAGAAGCAGCAUCUGACGCAACCAUCAGGGCAAAUUAUUGGGCAGCAGCAGAGUUCUCAGACAGUUGCUAGCAAUUCUCUCUCAGCUGCAGUUCCUUCAAAUCACGAGAUAGCAGCUUCCAUAGAGUGUGACUGGAGUGAACAUAACUGCCCUGAUGGAUACAAGUAUUAUUAUAAUUGUGAAACUUGUGAAAGCAGAUGGGACAAGCCUGAGGAGUUUGCCUUAUUUGAGCAAGCAUUGCAGAUGCAGACACAGCAGCAAAAUCCUUCUCACCAUCUUAAAUCUAUGUCGUCGGUUCUUUCUACCCAACAUAGUGCUCAAACACAGCAGGUACGGAUUCAGACACAGGCCUUCCAUCAGACACUACAACUUCAGAAACCUUGCUCAUCUGCACCGGAACUGGAUCAUGUGCAAAUCCAGCCAGAAACAAAUCCUGUUGUUGGCCCAACCUGUGUUUGACAGAAUGGCCAAUUUUUCCAUUCUUAGAGAAAAAAAAAAUGGCAUGCAACCCCAUCCCAGUCCUUGGAGGAUUGAAUCAUCGGUAAACUGUUGGUACAUUUGCAAGAUUGUGACAUUACUGGUUCACUCCCUAUGUCCUUUUUUCCCUCAAUUUUAUUUUAUUGUUGAAGUCACUGCGAUUAACGCAAAUUGAAGAGUUGCUAGUGCUGAGGGUGACUAUUGUACACAAUGAAUGCAAUCCAGCGCAGGGGGACCAUAUUGUGUGAAUGCAACAUUUUCCCCACUCUCGGGUCAAGAUGCAAACUUCUGCGAACUGUACUUUAUUGGUCAUUUCAAUUUGGCUUCUCAUCUUAAGCUGCUUCUGUAGGAAAGAGCAUCCAGAAGCAUUUAAUUGCUGAACAAUAGUGGUGGAAGCUUAGAAAAGGGUGUAAUAUGUAUUAGACACAGGUGUAGAAAUGUUGCCAUCAACGCUUAAAUUAUGGAGUCUUUAAUCUCAUGCAAUCGGCUUGUUACUUGCCCGGAGAUUUGUAUCAUAAACCAGUUAUUUACAUAACAUGAAGCAUAUGAUGUGUUUGUUUCAAAAUAGAAUGUUGCAUCUUUGGUGCUCAUACUGCCGCUGGCUGAAACAACUUAACAGUAGUUGACAAAAAGCUUUCAUGCCCA